UGUUAUUGUUUGUUGCAUUUGUUUUGAAAUCCUUAAAAAGGUAAAUGCAAGUCAUGGCCACAGAAAUUACAACAAAAGCGCGUUUGGAAAGACUAAUGGCCGCCAAGGCGAACUUGGAGGCACAAAUCAGUAAAAAUGGACAGAUAUUGGCAGCGAAUGAUAAUGUGGGCAUGAACGGUCCACUUGUUGACUCUGAGGGAUUCCCUCGCAACGAUAUCGACAUUUAUCAGGUGCGUCAGGCGCGUCAGACGAUUAUUUGUUUGCAAAACGAUCACAAGGAACUCAUGAAUCAAAUACAAACCAUGUUGAACAAAUAUCACUCGGAAAUAUCCACCACAGAUCCAGAACUGGUGAAUCGCGCCUCCGCUUUGGAGCUGAACAGCGAGGAGAGGGGAGCGGGAGGAGCCGUCAUUGGUCCAAUGGACACACGCGUCAUUGUUGUUGUCAAUCUAGUUAGUCCCAAUUCGCCGGCAGAGGAAGCGGGAUUACGCGUGGGGGACAAGAUACUUCGCUUUGGCUCCAUCAAUGGCAACAACUUUAAGGACAGCUUGGCUCAAAUUGGUGAAGUUGUGCGCAACAUGCAGAACCAAAAUGUCCAGCUGAAGAUUAAACGUGAUGAGCAGCUGCUGGAUUUGAUUCUCGUACCUAAGACGUGGACUGGCCGUGGCUUGCUGGGUUGCAAUAUUGUCCUGCCACCGGAGUCAAUGGAAUAUUAAUAUUCUUUACACUGUCAAUUUAUUGCAAAUAAAACCUAGCAAGUAAAUUACAAAA